CUUCUUCUCACAUUAACCUCUUUCUUUCUUUUUCAUCCGUCCCCUCUCCUUCUUUCCAAAUAUCGCACAUCAACCACACAUAAGCACACCCGAACCCCUUUCUCUUCUUUCGCUUCGCUUCGUUCUCCAGGGAGCGUGAUAAUAAAACCUGAUAUGCAUAUGAAAGGGAUGCUGCCGUAUCGGAACCCUCUUUCUCUUUCGCUUUUCUUUCCUCGGACCAUCAUCUAUGCUAUGUUUCGCAGCCAAUUAUUAGUCUGUCUUCUUGUUCUUCUAUCGUGCAGUCUUACACAGGCCGUCGCUGCGGCUACUGCUACAGCUACCAUAGAUGCAACAACAGCCAUCGUAUCAGAUUCUUCGGCUCGUAACACAAGCGAUUUUGCCGUCGCAUUAGGCCACCACCAUCAUACGCCGUCGUGCCUUAAUAUUGAAACCUACGAGGACCAGUGCGCCUUUGUUCAGUUGGCAUGCCACGGAUUUAGCGGCAUGUAUCUCAAGUUUUAUUAUUGCUCGCCCCUAUGGAAGCCGAUCACUGUUACAGUUAUGUGUGCCGUGUUGAUGCUACUGUUUGGCUCAGUCAGCAUCGUCGCUUCCGACUUCUUCUGUCCAAACCUACAAACAAUCUCGUCGAAACUACAGCUUUCAGAAAGCAUGGCUGGUGUAACUGUUCUAGCGUUCGGCAAUGGUAGUCCCGAUUUGUUUAGUACUUUCAGUGCCAUGAAUUCUGGAUCAGGAUCAUUGGCUAUUGGUGAACUUAUUGGAGCGGCUUUCUUCAUUGUUGCUAUUGUAUCUGGAUCCAUGGGAAUUAUACGACCGUUCGAAUCCAAACGAAUUACUUUUAUGCGCGACGCAACGUUUUUAACCGGAGCGAUCAUAAUGCUGACUUGGAUCGUCUAUCAUCAGCGGAUUUACUGGUACCAUGGCGCUGGACUCGUUGCAUAUUACCUGAUUUAUGUCUCCGUCGUGAUGUUGGGCUCCGUCAAUUUUCAGGGGAGAUCUUCGCACACAAAGCAUGAAGCCAAAUCUGUCACGGAGGAGCUGAUUGACGAGACAUCUCAGUUACUGGGGGCUAAUGGAGCAGAAAGACAAUCCAAACCGCCGCGAUUAUCCAUCCCCGCUCAUGGAUUUGCCACACCAGCUGGCAUGGCUGACUACGAACAUCAUUUGGGACACAUUAUUCGGCCCAUGACAGCAAGGUCACCUUCACGGCACUCGCUUCGUAUAGAGACGGGAUCAAUCGGUAUGCCACGUACUGCAAGUACGAAUGGAUCGAUAUCAUCACGACUCGUGCGCUAUCCAAUGACUCCUCGCGUUGGUAUUAGAACAUCAUUGUUUGGCGCCAUUGAGUUUCAGCAGCAUGUCAGCGCCAUUCGUCGUGCAAACAGCUCGCACUAUGUAAACCAACCAGAGUCUACCAGCACGAUACGACGCCGACAGAUUUCGAUGCCUCAUUGGAGCAAACGUUCAGCAUCUCCAUCAGCGUAUCAAAUUGCUACUCGAACCUAUCAUAACGCCACGGGCUUAGGGGGUCGUCCGCGCGCAUCCACCGUGACCGACCAAUUAUUAACGACAACGUCGACCACAAACCAAUCGCGAUACAAUCAACAGGGACAACAAACUACAGUCACUACGCCAGAUAGUACCAAUAGCAGCACUGGUUUGGCAGAGGAUUACUUCACCUAUUUGUCUGCCAAUCAGCAUAAGCAGUAUCCCUUGGAAAUCACCACCACCACCGCCACAGACAAUACCCAACAGCAGCAACAAUUACCGCCCCUUCAUCAACAAAAUAAUCAUGCCAACGACCGCGAAUUGAUGAUCCCUGAAAUCAGGUUAGCACCGCCGAACAACCUUGUAACACCUAUACAUACAAACCAACAAUAUCAGCAACAGCAACAGUACCAGCAAUACCAGCAACAGUACCAACAGGACAGCAGCAUUCCACGGAGGCCUUUCAGCUGCACGUCGCCAAUCAUUACAGCCCCUCAUCCCAGAACACGCAGCAGGGGCAAUAGUCUUGUGGUGCCACUUAGCCCAAGUAUCGCUAACACCGAAGAUGAUGUAUUCGUAUCUGCGCGCCAGAGCCCUGCAGUUACUCCGUCACCAUCCAUGUAUAACACUCAUAACAACAAUAACGGCAGCGGCUUGGAUCACCGAUCCAUCUCGAUCGUCUUGUCCAAUGCAGAUAAUACCAGCGAGUAUCCCUUUGUGCAACGCACCUUAGAUGUACAAUUUGCACGGCCUGCACCCUCCUUUAAAUUAUUUGCGCACAUCACCAGCAUCAUUAACAGCGUGGGACAAACAUUAUUUCCAACUAUGCAAGACUGGUGUGAGAAACCGUUCUUUGCCAAGCUCAGCUCCUUUGUGGCCGUACCUCUCGUGCUGGUUUUCACGUUGACAUUGCCCGUAGCUGAGCCAGAUGAUGUUAAAGUCGAUGGCAUUGAGGUGUUGGAUGAUGUUGAUGCUGGUCAUGAUAAUUGCUGUGCCCAACAUCAACAGAUGCAACAACAAUAUCAUCAUGAUGAUGAUGAUACGUCUUUAUUGAGUCCAGAUAGUGCUGCUUAUGGUGCUGCUGGUGCUCCCGGUACUACUGCGACGUCCAAAAACUACUUAUCCGUGGCGUCCGCCUUCGAUCAUGACAGUAUGCUCAUGUCUGAUGACAUAUUGUCUGAAUUCGAAGCUCAGGAUGAUUAUCAGCAACAGGAAUGGUGCCGAUGGUUAUUGGCUCUUCAGGCUAUCUUUGCUUCAACUUUUCUCGCUUUUGUCAUGGCUAUCAAUGAGUUUAUCGAGCCAUGGCACGUGGUAUUUGGAUUCGCUGUUGGUUGCAUGGUCGCUGUCUUUGUGAUGGCUGGUACGAGUGCCGAUAAGCCGCCUAAGUGGCGCUGGAUGUUGUCUUUUGCCGGAUUCUUUGUAGCUCUCAACUGGAUUUUUUUGUUAGCCAACAACAUGGUUGGGCUACUCAAGGCUAUUGGUAUGGUGUUCAACAUCAGUGAUGCUAUAAUGGGUCUCACUGUGUUCGCUCUGGGUAAUAGUAUUGGUGAUCUUGUAGCAAACACAGCAAUCGCAAAGAUGGGGUUCCCUACGAUGGCUAUUUCUGCUUGUUACGCUGGUCCCCUCUUGAAUAUGGUGCUCGGUGUUGGCAUUUCUUCUUCAUAUCAAAUAUUCAAAACCGGCAAACCUUUCGACCUAGAUAUUGCACCAACGAUUCUCGUUUCAUCGACUGGUCUUAUUACCGUGCUUCUCAGCACUCUUAUCGUUGUCAACCUCAAUGGUUACUGUAUAAACAAGAACUUGGGCGUCUGGAUGAUUGCCGUCUAUAUAGUCUGCUGUAUUAUCAAUGUUUCUUUGGAAUGUCUCUCAGAAUAAUAUAGUAAUUUUAAAUAAUCCAUCCCUCAUACUAGUAGCGUAACCUCUGUUACAAAAGAUACAGAAAAAAAGCAAUAAACAGCAGUAUAAAGAAG